AAAACCAUUAAUUAAAAAAAAAAUACUUAUAAGGUUUUUAUAUUCAAUAAUGAUAAGAAUUGGAAAACUGUGUUUAUAGAAUAAAAUAUCUUUUAGAAUUGAAAAUAUUAUUUAAUUAUAACAAAUUCAAUAGAUUGAAAAUACAAUAAGUCCUUUUAAACUAAACUUGCCAAAGUAUAAAAUGUCCAGUUAAAAUAGCAAAUUCGAUAUUAACAAGCUCAUUAAAUUUAGAAGAAAUAUGCAUUUGAAUCCUGAAACUGGAUUUAAAGAGUUCUAAACACAAUAAAACAUUAAAGAGUAUCUUCUAUCGAUAGGGAUUUAAGAAAAUUAAAUAAAAGUAUGCGCUUAGACAGGGUUAGUUGUAGAUAUUAGAGGUUAAGCCCCUUCUGAGGGAGAAGAUAGAUUGAUUGCAUUUAGAGCUGAUAUUGAUGCACUAUCAAUGAAAGAAGAUAAUCCUCAUUUGGAAUAUCAAAGCACCAACGGAGCUGCUCAUAUGUGUGGUCAUGAUGGACAUACAACUUGCCUUCUUGGAUUUGCAAGUCUUUAUAUGGAUAUCCUGCACAAAAUUCCUUAAAAUAAGGUUAUUCGUUUGCUAUUCUAACCCAGCGAAGAAGGUCCCGAAAGUGGAGCAUUUGUGAUGAUUUAAGAUGGAUGUCUUGACUAAGUAUAAGAGGUUUAUGGAUUUCACAAUUGGCCUACUCACAAAGUAGGAUAUUUGAUGGUAAAACCAGGACCUGUUAUGUCUGAAGUAACAGUCAUAAAUUUAACUAUUAUUGGAAAGGGAGGACAUGGAAGUGAACCAGAAAAGGCAAAUGAUCCUGUAUCUGCUGCAGUUGAUUUUCAUAUAAAAUUUAGAAAAAUUUAAGAGAAGUAUAAAGGAAGAUAAUAUGUUUGUACCUUACCAACAUUCAAUGCAGGAGAAAGAUUUAAUGUUUUUCCUGAUAAAGCUUUACUCACAGGCACUCUUAGAUCUUUUGAAGAUGGAUUGUCUGAGGAGUUUAAAAAGGAUGUGAUUUAAGCUUUAGAAGAGCUUAAGUAAGAAAGAGGAAUAAAUUAUUAAUUAAAUUGGAGGAUUUACUUCCCUGCUACAGUUAAUUCAGAAACUGAAGCAAAUCAUGUUGAAAGAGUAGCUAAAUAAUACUUUGGAGAAGCUAAUGUAGGUAUUGGUAUUAUGCCAGCAAGAGCAUCUGAAGAUUUUUCUUUUUAUCUCAAAGAAAGACCAGGUGCUUUCUUCUUUUUAGGAUCAGGCAGAAUUGAGAAUGACACUAUGCUUCAUGAUUGUCAUUUUGACUUUAAUGAGGAUUUGAUUAAUCCAGGUUCUGAAUUCUGGGUUAAAUUAGCUUUAGACAGAUUGAAAGUCAAUCUUUGAAAACAUUUUUUGAUAUUUAAAAUUAUUUAAAUUUCAGUUUCAGGCUUAUUAGUAAACAUAAAAAUACAAAUAAAGCAAAUAAUAAAUAUUAGAAAGUUGCUUGUUUAUAUUUUGAGGUUACUUCUUAUAAAUAAAAAUAUAUAAAAUUAAAAUUUUUUACAUUAAAUUCAAAAAUAAAUCAAAAUAUAUCAAUAAAUACAAAUAAAAACUCAUUUUAUUUUGAAAAAAAUUUUUGCUGCAAUUGUAAGAUUGAGGAUCUUAAUUUAUUAUUUAGCCUGAUUUGUUUUAAGAAUUGAUAAAAGUAGAGGCUUUAGCUAUAUAUAUUGAUAAUUUGAUAUUAUUAAUAAAAGAUUUAAAAAUAAUCUAAUGAAUUAAUAUUCUUACAUUUUUAUAAUUGUAAUUAUGUUCUGUUCAAUAAAGACUAUAUUUAUUUUUAUUUGAUAGUUAGAAGAAAAAGAAAAAUAUGAAUUUUAUAGCAGA